AUGCAACCCAAUCCACCGCGAGCUGACUCGUACAGUUGGGCGUCUGUCCAUUUGUCCCAUCUGCCCCUUCCAAGGUUACAUUUUCAUCUAGAGGCUCAAAGAGGGAAAGCCCACAUGAUUGAUGUUGAUCUUAAUUCUCAAUUUGAAGUCAUGAACACAGGGAUUCACGUAAUGGUGAAUAGGAUUUGUAGUGCUAUGAGUUCAUCUGCAGAAAUCCCAAUGUACCAUGUUUUGUAG